AUGGCUUACCAGAACGUGAACAUGCAGACCUUCAACCUAUCCACCAACAACAACCCAGCAGCCCAACCACUGGCCACUCAUGACGACGCACCACCAAAAGCUCACAUGGCCACCACGUCCACUUGUGGCUUCUUCUUCAAUAGCUGCACUGCAGUGGACAUGUGUGCUCCGCCAGGUAGUGGCCAGUCAGCUUCGAAAGAGCCAGUCGAAAGUGAAAAAACGUUCAAAAGUUUUUCCACCUGCGAAGUCGGCAACCAUUUUCUAUGUGACAACAAUUUCAACAAAAUGUUCAACAACUCUGUUAACUUCAAUGUCAACAACAGCAACAACAGCAAUAUCAACAACGUCAACAUUAAUUUCAAUGGCGGUCCAAUGGAAAUCUCACCUGAAAACGAAUCCAACACAUUUACCAAAUCUCAAACCCAGUUUUCCGAACCAACCAACAUUUCACCAAUAACAACCACCAGUAUUAAGAACGAGAACAUGGUUCUCAAUUUCGCGAUGACUAACACCAGCCAGGUUCAACCGCCGACCGCACACAAGCCGAUCAAAAUUAAACAACCGUAUGACGUCAUUUCCGCAAGCGGUCAGGCUGCUUACAAUUGCAACAAUAUCAUCAUGGCAUAUCAUUCAACAUCAUCAUCAUCCUUUUCAAUAUCAUCAUCCUCAGUUUCAUCACUGUUAACAACUCAGUCACCGAAAAUGACAGUUGUAUAUGGAAGCGUUUGCAGCAGUGGCCUCAACAAUCCUGGCCACAAGCAGCAGCUGCCAUCAACGCCAGCUCUAUCAUCAUUAUCAUCAUGCAACAAUUUUUGGGAUCUAACUAACAAUUCCGUCUCUUCAACGUUGCCACCGAUGCCGCCGACGUUCAGCAGUGGCGUCAUGAGCGCCUCCAAAUGUCAGUCAUCACAACCAAUGCUACCUCCUCCUCCUGCAUCUCAUCAUCCUCCCCAUCAUCAUCUUCAGCAACAUUUUAACUCUUUCAACGCCAGCAAUAAAAUAAUGGAUGUGAAUUGUCUCAGUAGCAACAACACUCUCAACAGCUCCGACAACAACAACAACAACACUAACAGCAACAACAACAACAACACCAUUGGAGCAUUCAUCAUCAGUAACUACAACAACUCAGUCUCUCACGAUCAAUUUCAAAUUGGUUGGCACAUUUUCAAAUUAACUUACCCAUAUUAA